AUGGCUUCAAACCCACCGGGAAAGUGUUGUUUUACAGGAGUCGCCCACGCUGGCGUUGCCAAGGGCAAGCACUCUAAAAUUUUUGGAUUAGACACAUAUAUCACAGGCGUCCAUAGCAAUGACAAAAUCAUCAUCAUUAUGACCGAUUCCUUCGGAAAUAAAUUCAACAACGUACUUCUCAUCGCGGAUGCAUUUGGAGAAGCCGGUUAUAAGGUUUUAAUACCAGAUAUUUUGGACAACGAUUUAAUCGAUAUGAGCAAUGAUCGCAAAAUGGAAGUUUGGAUUACCAAGCAUGACUCUAAAUUCACCAGAAAGUUUUCUGAGCCUUUUUCAAAAUCGGUUCGCAGCGAAUUGAAACCAAAGUUUUUAGGAGUCGUGGGAUACUGCUUGGGUGCCAAGUACGCUCUCCAGUUAAUCAACGCAAAAGAAGGCAUUGCAGAUGUAGCCGCCAUAGCUCACCCUUCCUUUGUGGACAUAAAAGAGGUUGAAGCGAUCGGUAAAAAUCCACUAUUGAUCUCAGCAGCCGAAAUUGAUGCCAUGUUUUCAACCGAAAAGAAGUACGAAACUGAAGCCAAACUUCAAGAAAUCGGAGCAAGAUACCAGCUGGAUGUCUUUAGCGGUGUAUCUCACGGCUACGCUGUGAGACAUGGCACUUCUUGUCCCUUAAUUAAGUACGCGAAGGAGAAAACCUUCCAUGAUCAAGUUUAUUGGUUUAAUCACUUCUCUGCGGCAAUAUUCUCGGCCUGA